AUGAGGAACAUUCCCCACAAUAAUAAAUGGAAAGAUAGCAAUUCGGUUCUUGUAAAAGUAGUAGACCGUAUUUUAGCUGUACUUGGUGAGAUUUGGAAUAACCCGGCAUUUGCAACAAGAGCGUCUUGUGAUGAACAAAGUGAGGGGAUGUAUAUUACAGAUGUUGUUGUUCCCUUGCUCCAAAUUGUAUAUUCUGAAAUGGAAGACCCAAUUGAAUUAAAUGAGAAAAUGAACAGUAUAGAGAAAUAUGUAACCACAGUAUUAUAUGAAAAAAUAUUUUGCCCAAAAUGGUCAGAUGACAGUUUAAAAGAUGAGGAAUUAAAUUCAAAAAUAUUAGCUUUAAAUUAUUUAAAUCUUAAAGAUCUUGGUAUUGAACUUAAUUCAAAUCAACAACAAAUAGUUGAAUUGGUUGUUAAACUUUCAUCUUCAGAAUUAGAAAAUUUAAACCAAAGAAAAUCACCAUUUGAAAAACUAGAAUGUCUUAUAAAUUGCCACAAAAUUAUUAAUGCACAUCUAAUCUUACCAUUAUUAAUUCACAUUAUUAUUAAAUCUAAUCCAAAAAAUUAA